CCAGAGGUUGGAUUUCUCUGGUGUGAAACAAAAAAGAAUCACUAGCCUGGCGUGUGUAGAAAUGCUUUUGUACAGGCAUGUUUGGGCCAGAGAGUACAGGAAGAGUUGUACUAUGAGGCUAGUCCUAUUUCCUCAAUGGGCUACCAAAUGCCUGCAAGCCAGAUGUGAGUGUAGUAGCACCCUGCCAUCCAUGUUGUUUAGCAAAUGAUACUGGGGGAUAUUAAAUGCUGGAGAAGUUUUGUCUAAGUCAAAUUGAUUUAAAUCCAUAGUCAGGAAGACUAUAAUAAUUUAAAUCAUAGUCAAUAAAAUUCUGUUGAUCAUAAUUUCUACUAAAAGUCUUCUGCUUUGUUAUAACCUCAAUGCAUAUUCCUCAGUUCUCAGGGAUAGACACAACUUUUAUGUUUAGAAACAGCAAGAAGGUUCUUUGUGUGCCCAGCACUGUUUGAAUAACUUGCUGCAAGGAGAGUAUUUCAGUCCUGUAGAACUAUCUUCUAUUGCACAGCAGUUAGAUGAAGAAGAGAGAAUAAGAAUGGCAGAAGGAGGAGUUUCUAGUGAAGAAUAUAGAACAUUUUUACAGCAACCUUCAGGAAACAUGGAUGAUAGUGGUUUCUUCUCAAUCCAAGUUAUAAGCAAUGCCUUGAAAGUUUGGGGUUUAGAACUAAUCCUCUUCAACAGCCCAGAGUAUCAGAGGCUCGGGAUCGAUCCUAUAAAUGAAAGAUCUUUUAUUUGUAACUAUAAAGAACACUGGUUUACGGUUCGAAAAUUAGGGAAACAGUGGUUCAACUUGAACUCUCUCUUGACCGGUCCAGAACUAAUAUCUGAUACUUACCUUGCACUUUUCCUGGCCCAGCUACAACAGGAAGGUUAUUCAAUAUUUGUUGUAAAAGGUGACUUACCAGAUUGUGAAGCUGAUCAAUUACUGCAAAUGAUUCGGGUGCAGCAAAUGCAGAGGCCAAAAUUAAUUGGGGAAGAGACACUGCAAUCAAGAGAUCAGAGGGUGCAAAAACCAGACUUGGAACAAGCACUAGAUGUUAACCAACCCUUUGAUAGUACAGGCAUGUUAGAUGAAGAUGAAGAAAAUUUCCAAAAAGCACUUGCACUCAGCAGACAGGAAAUUGAUAUGGAGGAUGAAGAGGCAGAUCUCCGGAGGGCUAUUCAGCUUAGUAUGCAAGGAGAACAUCGAAGUGGCUUCUCAGAUUAUUGCACACAGAACAUUCCACAUUCAUCUGCAACAGGCCAAACUGAAUCUCUCCCAUCAGAAGAAUUGCGGCGGCGAAGACAGGCCUAUUUUGAAAAUACAAGACUGAGGCACCAUGCUGGCUGCAGAUAGCAGGACUUCCGUUCUUGGGCAAAUCACACUACCUACGUAACUAAUUCAUUGGUCAGUUAUAUAGAUAAUUGUUCCAGUUUGACAUGCAAAUGAAUGUAUGAUGCUUUAUCAUGAUCACAUAAGUCUUUAUUUAGGGCAAUGUAAAUUAUGAACCAGUAGCAAAUAGGUAAUUUAUCUCUAUUCCCAUAUUUAUAUUAUUCGUUCAUUCAUUAAUUCUUGGUAAACUUCAGGUCUUCUUGUUCAAAAGAGUGGUAGCAGUUACUGUUUUUAACUGAAAAUGCUAUACUGCCUGCCUCUUGAUUAUCAUUCUUUUUAGUGCUUCUUUUUAAUAAGACUUUGUUUCACAAGCAUAUUGCUAGGUCUGAUUUCUCUUUUGGCUUGUUUUAGACUAUAAAUUAACCUGGAUAUGGUACCAAAAUGCACCACCUCUUUUUAUUAUGUAAUGAUAAAAUACAUUCAUUAGCAAUUGGUACUCCUAUAAUCUUUAUCUAUUUUGUGCUUAAUAAAUAUACAUACUUUGUAAUCAUCAUUUUCAUUUUUAUUUUGAAGAAUGUUUUUAUGUUGCAUCAGUUCAAGGAGAGAUACAUAAUAACUGAAAGUGCGUCUUCUGGAAACAGGCAGACUUAAUUUCCUCCAAUAAUCAUCACUAUAAUUGUUGUCCAAAAGCACAUUCUAGUAAUGUGGCAAACUCCAUAUCCUAGUUAGAUAACUUUCAAGUGCUCCUGGGAAAGUUAUUUGUUUCUUUUCCCCCCUAGAAUGCACUGGUUUAGCCUUUUCAGAGAUGGUUUGUCAUCUCCUGGCUCUGGAAUUGGAAGUGAUUCCCAGUAUUUUGGAUAUAGUCUGGUCUCAAAAUAUUUUCGUGUUGUGUGUUCUGUGUUAGGAGAAAAAUCGUACCUAGGAGAAAACAAAAUGUGGGAGCUUUGUUAACACUUGAUAGUAAGCUUGUUGGCUAAUACUCUGGGCUCAGUAUACCUUAGCCAUUUAUACCUAUCUGAUAAAUUUUUUUAGAACUGGAUUCUUUAAACAUUACAUUUGUAUACAUUGAGUAAUAAUGCUCCAGCCUCCUGUACUGUGAGCUUUUCAAAUACUACUCUAUUAUUUAAUAGAGAAAUUAAGUUGGAUAAAGAAAGGCAAGGAGUCAUAGAGUUAUAGACUUUCCUAAAUAUAAUGAAAAUUAAUGAUGCAUGUUUCUUUCUUUGACUGGUUGAUUCUUUUAGACAACAGCUGCAACAGCAAGUUCAGCUUCCACAAUUCCAUGAUGCACCAGCUACAAGUUCAAACCCACUAGUUAAUGACACAGGAGGUGAUAUGAGUGAAAAUGAUAUGCUUCAAGCGGCUAUGAAUAUGUCAUUGGAAACUGUUAGAAACAACUUGAAUACAGAAGAAAAGAAAUGACAAAUACUUAUAUUUAUUCUAAUCUGAACACUACAUUCUCUAUUAAUUCUGUUUGGGUGGCAUAAAGGUAGGGUUCAUUUCACUGAUGUACCAAAGCAAGAUAGUCUUGAAAUUUCAGACUAAGGAUCAGAAUUAAAGGACAAUUUGCUUAUUAUACAAGUAAAAUCUCAUUAGUUUAUGGUUAUACCGUUGACCUUAUGGGUAGUUCUAAUUCAGUCAGAAGAACUCUACAUGAGAAAAAGGGGUAUGAAUAUACCAUAAAAUCUCAUCCAGUAUUUUCCUGAUCCAUAUAUGUUCAGGUUGAGUUUAUGGUAUCUGCAGAUCUUUGUAUGGGGGAGCAGCUCUCUGAGUUGUGAUGGCUUGUUCUUGUGGAUUUUGUUCUUAACAGCAAGAUCAAGCACUCACAUGAUUAUAUAGCAAGGCCUUGGAACUUUGCUAAAUAAGAUAUGUGACAUCUAAAACUUUGUAGUUUCACAUAUAUGCUCAAAGGCAGUCUAAGUACCAUGUUUAGAGUGCACUUCCAAGGUUCCAGAAUAACAGACUGAAUAUAAUACAAAUCGCCUUUCCCUUUUGAGAUACUUGAAUUAUAAAUAGGCAACACUGACUAAUAUUUGUUGUCCUUUCAAGUAAGAACCACUUAUAAUCCAUGUGAUUUAAUGUUUUAUUAAUAUUUUUAAAAAGUUCUCUUUAAUCUCAGAAUAUAAUCAGUUAACAUUUUGACUAAGAAUAACAAGGGAUUUGCAGACCAUCAAACCUAUUUGGAAGACUUUAAAACUAUAUAAAUAAUGCUAGAGUGUAUCAUCAUGAAAUGGAAAAUCCUGCUUUUCUUCUCCUGCUUCUGCAGAUCUGCUUCAAAGCAUUCCAAUCUUCCAAAGCUGAUGGGCACACAGGAGGAACCCACUCCAAUAGCAGAUUCAAGACUUGUUUCUUCCUUUUUUUCCCUCUUCUCUAGAGAAGUAAAAUGCCUUUAGCAUUCUUUACUAAAUGUUGGGCAGUCCUGGCUAUGAUGCACUGAUCUAGCAUAUAUAUUCAGCCAGCACCUAGUAUCUGAUUAACUGAAGUCAAAAGUGGUGGAUAUAGUUGAUAAAUGUUAUUGUAAUUCUUAUUUCAGUUGGGUAUUAAUAUUUUAUUCUCUCCUGCUGGAUAUUUCUAUAAGUAUUAAUACUAACGAGCUGAACAUAAGUUGUCUUGUACUGAGUCAGCCUAUGUCCAUUUAAGUUAGAACUAUUUACUCUGAUUGGCAGUGACUCUCCAGUGUCUCAAGAAUCAGCUUCCUGAAUUGCUUUUAAUGGGAGAUACUUAGAAUUAAACUUGGGACUUCCUGCAUGCAAAGCAUGUGCUCUGCCACGGAGCUAUAGCCUUUCCAGAAUUCCAGAUUAAUUUUGGAGUGAGGAAGUUAAGGAAAGAUUUUGAUGCUAUGAGUUCAGUGCCACAUUAUUGAUGUGCAUAACUACCAUCUGAAAUGAACCCUGCACGGUUACUUAUGUGUUAAAAAUGGAUAGACAUAAAUGAAUGUUUAUGAGUAUGUAUUUUAUCAGAUGUUAAUGAAUGUCUUGUAACAGAUUUGCAGCUUUUCAUGAAUGGUCUUCAUUCAUGCACCUUACUGUUCGUUCUGUUUCUGUUACCAAGGGAAACUGGGGAGCAAAUUCUGUAAGCUAGUUUUAUGCUGAUAGUGGAAUUAUACAUUUGAUAUAAAAAUUAUUAUUGCAGGAUGACUGAAUUUGGCAUUCUGUAUUAAAAAUAGUUUUCUUUUUUGUAAAUGGUGCUUUAAGCAUAUAUUCUGUUUACAUAUACAUAUUAAGGCUAUAGUUUUGGAUACAGACUCUAUACUCAUUAAACCUAUGGGCACUUGCCAGAAACACAAAAAAAAAUCUUGUGAAAUUGAUUAGGUUUUGCUAAUUAUUUUAAAAUUAUUAUAUUGCACCAUGUUGAUGUGUCAUCCCUUGCUACUGAAUGAUGAGUAACUGUAUGCAGAUAUAUGGUACUAUAAAAAAAUAAUACAAUAUUAAAAUUGAUUUUCAUAAUAUUUGUUUACAAAAAAAUUAUUUAAGUGCAAAGUUGAAUAUGGAAGCCAAAUGCCACUUACCUUAUUUUCAUGCUUCAUAUGUUGUCAAUUUCUGUGAAACUACAGAAAUACAGGCACUGGGAUUUGGUCCAGGGAUAAGUGUAUCUAGCUUUGCCAGUCAAUAAACUGAAGGGUAGCUAUGAUUGCAUCUACCUAAUGUAUUUAUUAACAGAAAAUUAGCUUACCAUAUUUAAUGCAUGUUGUUUUGGGGAAAAAAAACAGCAUUAGUUACAUAAAGCUGUGUGCGUUCAUUUUAAUUUAAUUGUGUUUAAGCUAUUACUUGAAAACAAAUAUAUGAAAAGAUGUAUAGAAGCCAUGAAAUGAAAUCAUACUAGUCUGUAAAAAUCAUAGUUUUAUUUUUUCUUACUUUUCCAAUAAAUUGUGUCCUUCUGGACAAGCUAAA